CUUCCUCUCCGGACCUGUGCAUCCUACCUGCCAGCACCAGGCCACCAUGUGGGAGCUCUGGGCUAUCUUGCUCCUGACCCUAGCCUGUGUUUUUUGGCCCAAGCCAAAGCACCCAAGUGGCAAGUACCCCAAGAGCCUCCCAUCCCUGCCCUUGGUGGGCAGCCUGCCAUUCAUCCCCAGAAGUGGCCAUCCGCACGUGAACUUCUUCAAGCUGCAGGAAAAAUACGGCCCCAUCUAUUCUUUUCGUAUGGGUAGCAAGACUACAGUGAUGAUCGGCCACCACCAGCUGGCCAAGGAGGUGCUUAUCAAGAAGGGCAAGGAAUUCUCGGGGCGGCCCCAAGUGACAACUCUAGAUAUCCUGUCAGACGAGCAAAAGGGCGUUGCCUUUGCCGACUACGGUGACGCCUGGCAGCUGCAUCGGAAGCUGGUGCGGGCCACCUUUUCCGUGUUCAAGGAUGGAGACCUGAAGCUAGAAAAGAUCAUAUGUCAGGAAAUCAGUUCAUUUUGUGAUUUCCUGGACACCCAAAAUGGCCAGUCCAUAGAUUUGUCCUUGCCGCUCUUCCUGGCGGUGACCAACAUAAUCUGCUUUAUCUGCUUCAACACCUCCUUCAAGAAGGGACAUCCUGCGUUGCAGACCAUACACACGUCCAACGAAGGCAUCAUGGAAUCGCUGGGCCAGAACAGUAUGGUAGACGUAUUCCCUAUGCUGAAGAUUUUCCCCAACAAAACCAUAAAAAUGAUGAAGAACUAUGUGAAAAUGCGAGAUGAUUUGCUGAGUUCAAUCUAUGAGAAACAUAAGAAGAACUUCAGCAGCGACUCUGUCACUAACUUGGUGGACAUACUGAUUCAAGCGCAGGUGAACUCGGUCAAUAACAACACUGGCCCAGACCAGGAGUCCAAGCUGCUCUCGGACCGAUACAAUCUUGCUACCAUAGGGGACAUCUUUGGGGCUGGUCUGGAGACCACCACUUCUGUGGUGAAGUGGACGGUGGCCUUCCUGCUGCACAAUCCUCAGUUGCUAAAGAAGAUCCAGAAGGAGAUUGACCAGAAUGUAGGUUUCAGUCGCACCCCAACUAUCAGUGACCGGAACCACCUCCUUCUGCUGGAGGCCACCAUCCGAGAGGUGCUUCGCAUCCGCCCCGUGGCGCCGACGCUCAUCCCCCACAAGGCUAUCACUGACUCCAGCAUUGGUGAGUUUGCCAUUGACAAGGGCACAAACGUUGUCAUCAACCUGUGGGCACUGCAUCACAGCGAGAAGGAGUGGCACCAGCCGGACCAGUUCAUGCCUGAGCGCUUCCUGGACCCCACGGGGAGCCAGCUCAUCUUGCCAUCGUUAAGCUACUUGCCCUUCGGAGCAGGACCGCGCUCCUGCCUCGGGGAGAACAUGGCCCGCCAGGCGCUCUUUCUCUUCCUGUCCUGGAUGCUGCAAAGGUUUGACCUGGGGGUCUCGGAUGACGGGCAGCUGCCCUCCCUGGAGGGCACCCCCAACGUGGUCUUUCAGAUCGACUCUUACAAAGUGAAGAUUAAGGUGCGCCAGGCCUGGAAGGAAGCCCACGCUGAAGGUAGCACCUAGAAGCCGUAGGUAGCGCUCCGCCAAGUGUGGCCCCACAGCACAGAAUUAGAAGCGCUGCUCCGCCAUUCCGCCACUCCUCCCUCCUCCUAGCCCACUCUGCGUUCUCUUCCGCCCUGCAGCCCGGACAGUGAUGUGCAUGAACUCAAGUUUUUCUUAAGAAGGUCCCUGGCCCUGGCCAUUGUGGCUCAGUUGGUUGGAAUGUCCUCCCGGAAAUCGAACGGUUGCUGGUUCAAUCCCCGGUCAGGGCACGUGCAGGAGGAAAUAUCUCUCUCUCACAUGGAUGUCUGUCUCCCUCGACAAUGAAAAAAUGUCCUCGGGUGAGGAUUAGAAAAACAAAAGAAGAAGGUCCCUGAGCUUAAUCAUUAUAUUUGUUAAUAUCAUUACAUUAUCCUUCUUUAAAGAAAGUGGGAGGAGGGUCUCUGAGCAGCUCGUGCAUUUAAUUGUUCACUCAU